UAAUUCAUCUCAUACUAAACAAUAGGUACCAACAUUUAGAUUGACGAUCGUAAACUUCGUUGCGGCUUACGAGCGCGUCUUUCGAAAUAAUUCAUUUCUCUGGCAGCCAGCCGAGUCUUUAGUUCGCUGUGAUAAUUACUUCAAUCUAUUUUCAUCGAGUAUUGUAUCAGAUACCAUUCGCAGCGAACGUGUUCUGACCUUUAGUGGUGAAAGGGAAAUGUAAAAUGCCCGCAUGUGAGGUAUGUAAACAGCCUGCCAACCAAACCUGCGGUGGUUGCAAAUCCGUCUUCUACUGUUCGAGAGCUCAUCAAAAAUGCGCGUGGAAAGACCACAAAUCGCAGUGCCGGACCUUCGAAAUACAGCACUCAGAUUCACUCGGACGAUACUUGGUAGCCACAAGGGAUAUAAAACAAGGAGAGAUCAUAUUGAAAGAGAAACCAGCUGUCAGUGGCCCCAGAAUUGCUUGCACGCCUCACUGUUUAUCGUGUAAUAAAAAGCUAAAUCCGAUAAGAGAUGGAGAUGCGCUGGAUUAUUACAAAUGCUCCUCCUGUAAUUGGCCGUUAUGUGGAUUUGAAUGCGAGUCUUCUGAAGUACAUAGACAGGAAUGUAAGCUGAUGUUAGCUAAUAACUACAAGUGUAAUAUAAAGUACGUAUCACCAGGUCGAGCAGAGGCUGCGUAUUGUGUGAUUGCUCCACUGCGAACAUUAUUGUUGCAGGAAUCAAAUCCUGAACAAUUCCAGAGCAUUAUGAACUUGGAAUCCCAUUUGAAGGAGCGAAUCAACACACAACUGUAUCAAGUAUUUAAAACUAAUCUAGUGACGUUUGUUAAACAAGUGCUAAAAUUGCCGUAUGAUGAUGAAACGAUACUGAAGGUUGCGUCAAUAUUUGAUACAAAUUCGUUUGAUGUUAGGUCAUCCGACGGAAGUAGCAGGUUCAGGGCAAUAUACACAAGAGCAUCGAUGAUAAACCACAAUUGUAAACCAAAUACAAGACACAUUUUUAUAGGCGAUGAUUAUAUAUUUGCCUUAAUUGCAACUGUUCCAAUCGCAAAGGGUGAAAUGAUAACUGCAACAUACACGCAAUCGUUAUGGGGUACAUUAGAUAGACGGAAACAUUUGAAAAGUACCAAACACUUUAAUUGUGUAUGUGAAAGGUGUAAAGAUCCAACUGAAUACGGGACAUAUACAGGAAGCAUAUAUUGUUCGCUGUGCGCUGAGAGUAAACUAGAAAAUAAACCAAUGAUGGUAUCAACUGAUCCUUUGAAUGAGACUGCACCAUGGAAAUGUGAAUCGUGCGGAUACUGCAUACAGAGUAGGCAGAUGUUCUGGGGUAACAACGCGCUGAAAGAAGACUUGAAGAAAUUAAAUAAGAACGAUCCUGAGGAGUAUGAAAACUUCAUCAAAACGUAUAGCCAUACGUUGCAUCCAAAAAAUCAUUUAAUCGUUCAAACAAAGUUGGCUUUGAUGCAGAUUUAUGGGAACUAUGAGAAAUAUACACUAUCAGAUCUAUCAGACGAGCUCCUCGAACGGAAAGUGAACAUCUGUCAUGAACUCCUUGAAAUAUCUGAUAAACUUGAACCAGGUUGGACGAAAUUCCGAGGCACUAUUCUCUUAGAAUUGCAGGCUGCGAUGGUGAUGCAAACUAAAAGAGAUUUUGAGGCUGAUAAACUGACUAAAGCUGGUGCUCAGGAUCAACUAAUGGAAAGCAUGGUGUUACUCCAGGAAGCGACCAAUAUACUAAAAGUUGAGCCCCACAUGAGAGAAACCUUGGAAGAAAAAGUGAAGACAUUAUCUUCGUUAAUAGACACAACAUCUGCAUGAUUCUAGCCACAAUAUUUCUUCUUCUUCGACAGAAUUUAAAGCACUUGCUUAAAGAUUGUAAGAAGAAAUGGUAAAUAAUGAGACAAGUUCUAUCUAUCUACAACGGACUGUUUUUUCUAACGUUUUAUAAAUCAAUAAAAAGUUUUUAUACAA